AGAUUAGGGAAGGCAUUAGACAUUUUGAGCAAGAUUUAGGAAGGCAUUAGAAAUUUUGAGCAAGAUUUAGGAAAACAUUAGACAUUUUGAGCAAGAUAAGGGAAGGCAUUAGACAUUUUGAGCAAGAUUUAGGAAGGCAUUAGAAAUUUUGAGCAAGAUUUAGGAAAACAUUAGACAUUUUGAGCAAGAUUAGGGAAGGCAGAAUGACUGGCAUUUGAGAACAGGAUUAACAGAAACUGCUAUUUAAGGCAGGAAGAAUGUUUCCAAGUCAGUUUCGACUUCAAUUAUUAUAGCAACAAUACAUAUAGUAAUCUACUUCUACUACUAAAGAGGCCAAGUGAUCCAGAUAGUCAACAACAGGAUGCCGGCGCCAUCCAGGCCAUGUAUAGAGUGCAAGAGGACAGUUCGUCCAAAGCAAGACUCUCUGACCUGUGCAGUAUGCUCUGGAAGACAACACAGAACUUGCAGUCCUCUAUUUUCAAGAGAAGAGUAUUGGUCCAUGAAGCGUAAUGGGGACCUUAUCAUGUGGAGAUGCAACAAUUGUCAACACCGCAACCUAGAGGACCUGCUUAAUAGUGCCAGUGAAAUUUCACAGGGGACAAAUUCAUCAAUAGGAGUUCCUGCCGCAGAGAGCACUGCGAUUCAACAUGAAUUGGGUGAGACCCAUGUCACACCACCAUCCCUGCAAGAAUAUAGCGUACAAAUCCGGAACAUUACAGAGCCAAUGGAAGCCUCGUUUAAUGUUGACAGACCAUUUGAUGUGCCGGAUAGGGAUCAAGCUGAUACGUUAAUGGAGGAUCAGCUGCCUGAUAAUGUCGCCCCUGUCGAACCAGUUGCAGUGACAUAUGAAGUCAUCUGCCAAGCUUCACAGCGGGGCAAUCAAAAGCUUGUGGAUUCUACAGGAUAUACAUACACCGUUAAAGCCAAGACUGACUCUCGUAUUUCCUGGCGAUGCAGUAUUCGUAACAAGAUUACCCUUUGUCCAGCUAGGGUCACCCAGCGUGGGUCAUCAUUUACCAGAGGCCCACAGCUUCACAUCCAUGAGCCGAAUAUGGAUGCUGUAAGUCGCAUCAAGGUUGUUCUUGAUGUGAAAAAGACAGCUAAGGAAUCUAUGUACAGAUCUGCUUCAAACAUCGUGGAGGAUGUACUCGUGAG